UCUCCUUCACCCCUCCAUCUUCUCUCUCUCUCUCUCUCUCUCAAUCCUUGUAUAAAGUUGUGUGCAUUUGUGUUAAUAAAAAAUCCUUUUGUUAGGGUCUUCUCAAACUGCUUUUCUCUGCCAUAAACAGUAAUGAUUUUCUCGUUACGGGUAUCGUUGUCGAGGAAUCUAAGACGUGCUAAUGUAAAAGUGACGGUUAUACAAACCACGAGUCAUCAACAAACACUAGUACAACAAUAUACAGAAGAAGAAGAAGAGCACGAGUCCUCCUCCAUAACAUUUAGCUAACCCUUGUUAAUUCCUUUCGCUUGAUUCCUUCCUAUACGCGCACACACACCCAUCGUUCGAAUCCCUAUAUUUGCUCGAUUUGGGGGCUGGGUUUUUGCUUUUUCUGUUCUGGGUUUUCACUCGUUUCCGAUUUUUUCGUCUAUUUUUCAAAUGUCUCAACAAAGGCCGUUUCAAAUGAUGGGUGGUGAUUUCAGCGACACAACUUAUACCAAAAUAUUUGUGGGAGGAUUGGCUUGGGAGACUCAGAGGGAUGCAAUGAGGCGGUAUUUUGAGCAGUUUGGAGAGAUCCAAGAGGCUGUUGUGAUCACAGACAAGAAUACUGGCAGAUCCAAGGGUUAUGGUUUUGUUACGUUUAGGGAUCCAGAUGCAGCAACGAGAGCUUGUCAAAACCCAUCUCCUGUUAUAGAUGGAAGGAGGGCAAAUUGCAACCUUGCAUCACUCGGUGCCCAAAAGACUCGGCCACCUACCCAACAUGGCACCGGGAGGUUUAGACCAGCUCCAGGACUGAUGGCUCCUCCUGCUUAUCAUGGCUCUUCAUCGACUUAUGUCCAUCAACCCACAAAUCAAUACACAUUCCCUUAUUCUGGUUAUGGGUACCCUGGAUAUUCACAAGACACCAUGUAUCCUGCGAAUUAUUAUGGUACAUAUGCAGGUCAACAAUUCUCACCUUACUACACUGGGAGCGCAACAAGCCCAGUUGGGAUUUACCCCAAUUUCUACCCUUUCUAUGCUAAUUAUGCACAGAAUAGCCAGGCUCAUGGUUUUGGAGUUAAUCAGUAUCCCCAGAUGUUACAAUACCCGUAUUUGCCUCGGCAAUAUAGUCCCACAGGCAUCCUAUCACUUCCUUCCUCAACAGCAUCCGCAACUCCUACAACAGGAACAGAUUCGACACCAAUGGAAAACAGAAUACGGAAUCCCGUAAGAGUUACAACAGCAUCAGCACCAGGAGGCGGAGGAGGAGGAGGAGGAGUGGGAGCAGCGGCUGAUGCUUCUCAAGCCAACAGAAGUGUUUCUGAACAGAGCUCAUCGACUUAAUCUGUACUUUGAAAUGAAUCAUAUCACAAGGCUAACGACAUUGAGGAAAAUCGUGCAACGUUGGUUCAAAAGAAACUAAAGAUUCAGCAUCAGAUAAUGGCUUACUAACUACCUUGGUCGGUUCAUUCUCCAUUCAUGCUCAACAUUACAGUCAUUCUGGCAUCAUCAUAAUACAGUAGGGGAGUCUUGGUAGUUAUUUAGAGUAGGUUGAAAAAAAAAAUUACAUUGAUUCAUGUAUUGGCAUAAGGUUGUUUUUGGAUUUACCCUUAUGUGCUAAUUAAUCAGAUGAUAGUUGUGUCUCGGGAGCAGAGAGCAUCCGAUGGCACACUUUUGUUCAUAUUAGCAGCAGUUGGUGGUAGGUUCAAGAUUGGUUUUGUAUCUUUGAACCCCACAAGAUUGGUUUAUUUUGGUCAAGAAGAAAAAGGGCAAGCUUGGGUAGCUUGGCCGCCGUUGACUUGGAAUUUGUUUGUUCACUAUUCAUGAAUGCUACUCUUAUUUUUAAGAUUAGAUCAGUUUAGAGGAA